CCUUUAGGGCAAAUCUCCUUUGGCAUUAGAGUCAGAAUAUCCUCUUCAGGAUUCUGACUCAUUAUCUGUUCUCAAACAGUUGUAUUAACUGCAAUAAGAUUCCUAUCAAAGAAGUGUCUGCUCUGUAUAAAUACAUCUUUUGGUAGGCAUUAAAUAAUGGAAGUUUUCCUAGCUGAUUCUGAUUGGGAGAGUGAAAGUGGUAGUGAGGAGCAGGAAAUUGACUUUCUUUAUGGUGGCCAGGCUCAGAUCAUUCUGUCAAGACUGGAGGAGAGCAUUGGUAAAAUUGAUGAUUUCCUCUCAUUUGAAAGGGCAUUUGCAUAUGGGGACAUCGUUUGCAAUGCAGCAGAUCAAUCAGGGCAGACAGGCAGGGUCGUCAAUAUUAAUAUGUUUGUGGAUCUUGACAGUGUUCAUGGGAAAGUAAUUAAAGAUGUUAAUUCCAAGGAGCUUUUGAAGAUCCGCUCCUUCUCAGUGGGGGAUUAUGUGGUUCAUGAAACAUGGAUUGGAAGGGUGGAGAAAGUUGUUGACCGCCUCUCUAUUGUCUUUGAUGAUGGAUCAAAGUGUGAGGUGACUGUUAUGGAUCCAGAGAAGGUUGUACCUACUUCUCCCAACUUACUUGAAGAUUCAGAUUACCACUAUCAUCCAGGACAGAGAGUUCUUGUGCUCCCAAAUGUUUCAAAAUCAGCUAGAUGGUUAUGUGGUAACUGGAGGGGAAAUCAAGAUGAAGGAAUUGUUUCUGGCGUGGAUGCAGGUUUGAUUCAUGUUGAUUGGAUUGCAUCUGCUCGCAUUGGUUGUGGCAUGAGUGCAUCUCCUCCUCCAUGUUUGCAGGACUCAGGAAACUUGACCUUAUUGUCAUGUUUUUCCCAUGCAAACUGGCAGCUGGGUGACUGGUGUAUACUUCCACUUGCUGAUCGCAAGGGGAUAAGGGAGCAAGCUUUUCUUCAUACGCCAGUGCAUGAUCUCAUUAAAGAUCAGAAUAAGCUGGAAAGAGGAUUUAAGAGAGGAAAUGUUGGUUCAAAAUUGGAGGAAAUAUUUGCUAUCGUGAAGACAAGGACCAAGGUGGAUGUGGCAUGGCAGGAUGGUAGCUGUAGUUUGGGAUUAGACUCUCAGAACUUACUCCCUGUAGGUGUUGUAAAUGCUCAUGAAUUUUGGCCCGAGCAGUUUGUACUGGAGAAGGGCACUACUGAAAACAGUAAAAGAUGGGGUGUUGUGCAGCAUGUGGAUGCGAAGGAACGGACUGUUAAGGUACAGUGGAGAAACACAAUUGUGAAUGAAGAAAAGGAUUCUGAUGGAAAGCAGAUGGUGGAAACCAUGAGUGCUUAUGAACUUGUUGAGCACCCAGAUUACUCAUUCUGUUUUGGCGACAUUGUAUUUAGGGUGGCUCAGGGUGACCCUGGUGACCGAGCUGAUGGAGGUCACAUAAUCUCAGAAUCUGGUUUGGAUACAGAAGUCACUUUGAAGGGCAAGGUCUGUGGCUGCAAUCAGAAAGGAUGCCCUAGCAUAUGUUAUUUAUCUUGCAUUGGCAUUGUUACUGGCUUUGAAGAUGGUAGUGUGGAGGUGAAAUGGGCUAUUGGCAUUUCAACCAAGGUGGCACCUUACGAAAUUAUUCGGUUGGAGAAAUAUGAAGGUCCAGCUGCAACCCCUGUUCUCUUAGAAGAAAACUCUGAGGAGUUAAAUCAAGAGAUGAUUGCACAUGAGAAACAAUCUUGUAACAGGAAAGGAAAGGGUUUGGUGAAUUCAGAUGGUGCUGGGCCUAAUUCCUUCUCCCUUCGUCAAGCUGCUAUUGGCUUCUUCACAAACAUUGCAUCUGCCUUCCUUGGAACUCUUGGUUCCACUUCUGGUCCUAUUUCUGCUGACAGAGAAGAAUGUGAAAUUCUCCUUGAGAAAGAAGUGCUGGAAGCUUGUGACCUCUGUGUUGAACCAGAUCCAGGUGAGUUGCAGACAUUUGGAAUGGGAAACUCAAAGCAGGAAGUUGGGGACAAUGACGAGAGGAAAGAUGCUAUGUUUUCAAGAGAGGGUGAGAUUACAGAUUGGUUUAGGCAGUUUGAUAUGGUUAGCGACUGCUCUGACCACAAAUUUCAUGGUGAGGGCAACACACAGCUACUUCCUCAGAUGAAAAGAAGUUGGCUAAAGAAGGUUCAGGAAGAAUGGAGCAUUCUAGAGAAAGACCUUCCUGAAACUAUCUAUGUUCGCAUCUAUGAGGAAAGAAUGGAUCUCCUAAGAGCAGCUGUUGUUGGUGCAUCAGGAACACCCUACCAUGAUGGGCUAUUCUUCUUUGACAUUUUUUUCCCUCCAGAAUAUCCUAGUGAACCACCUUUGGUACAUUACAAUUCGGGUGGCCUACGCCUGAAUCCGAACUUGUAUGAAUCUGGAAAUGUUUGCCUCAGCCUUUUAAACACAUGGACGGGUUCUGGCACCGAAGUGUGGAAUCCAGACUCUACUAUUCUUCAAGUACUUCUCUCCCUCCAGGCUCUCGUGCUCAAUGAGAAGCCUUAUUUCAAUGAGGCUGGUUAUGAUAAGCAGAUUGGAAGAGCUGAGGGGGAGAAGAAUUCCAUAAAUUAUAAUGAAAGCGCCUUCCUCCUCAACUGCAAAUCCAUGCUUUACAUACUCCACAAGCCACCUAAGCAUUUUGAGGCACUCGUCAAGGAGCACUUCAGCAAGCGCUCAAGCUUCAUUCUGUCAGCUUGUAAGGCAUACAUGGAAGAUGCUCCGGUAGGACAUGCUUUCGAAGAUGGGGAAAACGAAUAUGAAAACUCAAAGGGAAGUUCUACUGGGUUCAAAAUCAUGCUUGCUAAGCUCUUCCCAAAGCUUGUGGAGGCAUUUACUGAUAUAGGUAUCGACUGCAGCCAAUUCACAGGGCCUGACACAUGAAUGUUCUGUUCUGAUGCAAGUUACCACAAAACUAAACACUACUAUUGCUACAAUUUGGUAUCUCUGUAAAUAAAUAAAAUUUGAAUUAAGUAUCUGUUUUGUUUUUGGUGAAGGUUUAGUCUGGCCCUAGUAUGGUGUUAUGGUGUUUGCAACAAUAACUUUGUGAAAUAAGAAAUAAAUGUUGGAUUGGUGU